AUGAAUCCAGUGACGAAGCUAGUGGAGGACUUCGAGUUGGCUUUUAGGGACGAGGAUGAGCUUGAUGCUGUGUUGGUGGAUCGGAAGUUGAAGCCGGAUGAGAAAUAUCCCGCUAGAGAACACGCUCGUGCAGUUGCCAAACAGCUUGGUGUGAAGGAGGGCGUCAUCUUCCUACCCGGCCAGACGUCAACCACCCAUGAAGAUUCGGAUCAAGCGGUCUCCUUUCGGCAGGGGCGCUAUUUCUACUAUUUGAGCGGUUUGGAUUUCCCAGAUUGCAUGGUCACAUACGAUAUUAGCCGUGACGCACUCUUCGCCUGGAUCUCGCGUCCCAGAACUGGGCGGGAUGUCAUCUUUAACGGACCAAGUCCUACCAGAGAAGAAGUAAACGCCAUCGCCGACUUCGAGGAGGUUCACUACACCAGUUCUUUACUUUACUAUCUCAAGCCUUGGGGAAACGGCAGAUCAGGAAAGGUAUACCUACUGCACGCGCGUCAUGAGCCGUAUAUAAAGCCAUCUAGGAGACUCAAAGAUGGAACCAUCGAGUAUCUUAAACAUUAUUAUUUCAACACUACGGUUUUGAAGCCGGCUAUGGACGCAGCUAGAGCUAUCAAGAGUCCCUACGAAAUCGAGCUUAUCCGGAAAGCCAACAAUAUCACGGCACAAGCCCAUAUCAACGUGCUACGGGGAAUGCGGAAAUUUAAAAACGAAGCGGAGAUCGAGGCGAUUUUCGCUGCCACGUGCAUCUCCCGGCAAGCCAAGCAGCAAGCUUAUGAAAUUAUCGCCGCCUCGGGAAGUAAUGCAAGUACGCUUCAUUACGGUGCGAACAACGAGUCGUUGGAAGGAAGACAGCUGGUUUGUCUCGACGCGGGGUGUGAAUGGAAAUGCUACGCCUCGGACGUCACGAGGACAUUUCCCGUUUCUGGGCAAUGGACACCCCAGGCGAAGGAGAUAUAUGAUCUUGUGGCGAGGAUGCAGGAUGAAUGUAUUGCGAUGGUCAAGCCUGGAGCCGACUAUCGUGAGAUUCAUAUGCAUGCGCAUAAAGUCGCGAUCGAGGGAUUGAUGGAGCUGGGUCUUCUACAUAACGGCACGUUUGAGGAGCUAUAUAGCUCAGGUGUUUCCUUGGCGUUCUUUCCGCAUGGUCUCGGUCAUUUCAUGGGUCUCGAGGUCCACGACGUCGGUCCUGGCGGGAAUCUCCUGUAUAGCUUCGAAGAGAAAGUGGCCGACUGGGAUGCGGCCUACUUCGAGAUGGCUAGAACCCCGAAAGUAGCGAAUCCAUCAGUGCUUGAACCGAAUAUGGUUAUUACUGUUGAACCUGGAAUCUAUUUCUCUAAAUACGCGCUCCAAGACGUCUAUCUCAGAGACCCGAAAUUCGCAAAAUAUAUCAACAAGGAUCUGCUUGAUAGAUAUUACCCAGUGGGUGGUGUCAGGAUCGAAGAUGAUCUCCUGGUUACCGAGGAUGGGUAUGAGAAUUUAACGAAGGUGCCAAAAGGGGAUGAGGCCUUGAGGAUUAUUAACGACAGUGGGACCCCGGUAGUUGAUGAGCCCGAGAAAAGAGGUUGGCUAUGGUAG